AUGUCAUUUCCGAAAAAUAGAAGCGUAAGUGUUUCAAAAGGUUUAAUGGCGGUGGCAGAUGUGAAGUUAAAUUCACCAACUCAAACAAACAGUCAAAGUGUUGUUGUCAAUGUCAAAGACAGAGAUGUUGAAGUGGGGAAACCAUACGAAGACGAAGAUGGUAUAACAAUUGUUCCUGUAAAAGAACCAACAUAUCCUGAAGUUAACAGAGACUUAAGUUCUGUUGCAGAUAUUCGAAACGACUACCAACAACUGAAAGACAAACUUCAAACUCAGGAGAAGAUUUGUCAAGCUUUAAGUAUAAUGUUAAACUUGGUCGAACACAACCCUGUAAAAGUGAACUCAUAUGUCAUUGCACCUCAUGAAGUUUUGAAAGAACUAUUGAAACUUUUGACAGAGGCAGACGAUAUAAACAUCAAAGAAAUAGAACCCGACAUUGGUUGCUGUGGUGUUUCAUAUAAU